AAUCUGCUCUACUCUGCCUGCAGCCUUGGUGAGGCAGGGCAUUGUAGGAAGAGGAACAUCAGUUUCUGGGAGACAAGUACUGAUGCAGAGGAAGGGGAAAGACAGACUUCAGCAUCUAAGAAAGUGUGCAAGUUCCCGAGUGAAGCUCUGAGAAGACAAGAGGGAGGAUGUCUGAAACAACGAGCACCAACGAGGAGAAGAAACCUCCUCUGAAUGGGAGAAGAGCCCUCCCAUUAAACAACUCUAAUGAGGAAGAAAAUGAGGUCCCUGAGAUGGAGGCAUUUGGAUUGCUACCUAGGGGAUUUAAUCCAAAAGAUUACCUGCGUGUUGUGGACAUUCAAAUGUUCAAGGAGCCCCACGAGAUCAACAAGCAGCAGCACAACACUGACAAGUACUACAGCCCCAAGCUGAUAGUGCGUCGGGGACAGCCCUUCCAAAUCCAGGUUGACUUCAACCGCCCCUACAACCCAGAGACGGACAAAUUCUGGCUGGAGUAUUUGAUAGGUCGCUACCCACAGCAAAAUAAAGGCACCUACAUCCAAAUCCUAGUAGGUAAUGUGCUGAAACCUGGCGAGUGGGGAGCCAAGAUUAUCCACAAGGAGAACAACUCCAUUUGUCUGUCCAUCAUGUCCUCUGCCACCUGCAUCAUUGGGAAGUUCCGCCUGUACGUUGCUGUCGAGACUCCCUUUGGCAUCCUCCGGACACAGAGAAACGCAGCAACCGACACUUACAUCCUGUUCAACCCCUGGUGCCAGCAGGAUGCCGUGUAUCUGGAUGAUGAGAAGGAAAGGGAAGAAUAUGUCCUGAAUGAUGUUGGUAUUGUUUUCCAUGGAACCAUCGACAACAUAAAGUUAAGAAGCUGGAGUUACGGUCAGUUUGAAGAAAACAUUCUGGAUGCUUGCCUGUUCCUGAUGGACAAGGCGGAACUGGAGCUCUCUGGGCGUGGAAACCCAAUCAAAAUCUGCCGCGUUGCCUCUGCAGUGAUCAACUCCAGGGAUGAUAGUGGUGUGAUUGCUGGAUCCUGGGACAAUACGUACACUUACGGUGUCCCACCUUCAGCCUGGACAGGAAGUGUGGACAUUCUCUUGGAGUAUUACAGUUCUAAGCAACCUGUGCGAUAUGGCCAGUGCUGGGUCUUCGCUGGUGUCUUCAACACAUUUCUGAGGUGCUUGGGGAUACCUGCAAGACUCAUUACCAACUAUUCUUCUGCCCAUGAUAACAAUGCCAAUUUACAGUUGGACUUCUUUCUGGAUGACAAGGGGAAAUUGGACACCAAAAUUACAAAAGACUCUGUCUGGAACUAUCACUGCUGGAAUGAAGCCUGGAUGACCAGACCUGAUCUUCCUGUUGGUUUUGGAGGAUGGCAGGUUGUUGAUGGGACACCCCAAGAAACCAGUGAUGGUAUGUACAGGUGUGGCCCAGCCUCAGUUCAAGCCAUUAAACAUGGUCACGUUUGCUUCCAAUUUGAUGCUCCUUUUGUCUAUGCUGAGGUGAAUAGUGAUAUUGUUUAUUCAAGAAGGGAGAAAAAUGGAACCCAAGUGAUAGAAAAAAUUGACACAACUCAUAUCGGGCAGUUGAUUGUGACCAAGGAAGUUGGGGGUGAUGGAAUGAUGGAGAUUACUGAGGAGUACAAGUUCCAAGAAGGCUCAGAGGAGGAGAGGCUGGCUCUUGAGACUGCUAUGAUGUACGGCGUUAAAAAGCAAAGUACUCAAGAUACCACAUGUCAGCCACAAACAGAUGUUGACAUGGACUUCCAAGUGCAAAAGGCAGUCCUCGGCAGUGACUUUAAAGUCACUAUAACUUUCAGGAACAAAAGUCACAACUACUACACUGCUACUGCCUACCUUUCAGGCAACAUAGUGUUUUAUACAGGAGUCACAAAAAAAGAAUUCAAGAAACACUCUAUCAGUGCAAAACUGGAACCCUCUUCAUCCAGGUCUUUUGAUGUUGUGAUCAAAUCGAGUGAGUACCUGGAUGACCUGCUGGACCAAGCCUCCUUUCAUUUCCUGGUGACGGCACGGAUCAACGAAACAGGGAAGAUUCUGGCCAUGCAGAAGGCAGCAGUCCUGGAAAUUCCCCCCCUGAAUGUCAAGACCCAAGGUGAGAUGGUAGCUGGGAAAGAAAUGUCUGUGACUGUGGAAUUCACCAACCCUCUGAAACAAACCCUGGAGAACAUCACUCUCCGCCUUGAGGGUCCCGGCGUGAUGAAAACGAUGAAAAAGUUGUGCAGGCAAAUUCUACCUAACUCUACCUUGAACUGGGAAGUAAAAUGCACCCCAGAACAUCCAGGGUUACGAAAGCUGAUUACAAGCCUGAAUUGUGAUGCUUUGAGGCAUGUGUAUGGUGAGCUGAACAUCCAGAUUCAGAAACCAUGAACCAAGGUGCUGCCUUCAUCUCUCAUUUAGCUAUAUUUCAAAACACUGGGGGGGGGGGGACAUGGGAGGGGGGGUGUGUGACAUGGAUGGCCAAAUGGACAGGGAAGAGGUAGAAAAUUGCUUAUUGUUAUUUUUGUCAUCCUUGUGCUGAACAAGAUUUGGUAAAGAAAAAUAGUUGCUGAGACUGGGGAGAGCAUGAAAAAGCACCUAGAUAGUGAAUGAUUUAAAAUUAGAUACACAUAACUAAAGGCAAUUCUAGGCCAUAUUAUUCCUAUAGUUCACUUGUAUUUAUGAUCUUUUGCAUUAGCGAUGCAAGGGAAUCUGAAAAGCUCCAUUCACCAAAGUAGUCUGAACUUUAGUUUUAAUUAAGGCCUGAUAUUUCACUGAAAAGGAAAAAAAAAGAACUCAGUGUUAUAAAUUCUUAGACUGAAUUACACAACCGUGUGGUAGAUCAUUCAGGCUGCAAUAAAAACAGGUAUUUCUAGCUAAAGGGACUGCUUUAUCUUACGCUGUUACAAUUUUCCAGUUCACAGAAAGCUCACUUUGCUGAAAUCAUCUCUCAAGAUGUGUUAUCUCCAGAAUGUUCCCAGCUCCUUGUUUCUUCUUGCUGCUUCCCCAUGCUUUUUCUCCUACUCUUUCACAUGUGCAGGCACCACACAUAUUCACUCCUGUUUUUCAUGCCGUCACCCCACCCUGUAUGCUGUUUAUACACUGUUCUUCUCCUUGCUUGAUGAAAAUCCAGAUUUUUUCAUGCCCCUGCUCAGAGUUCAUUGCACCAAACUUGCAUUUUCUGGUCACAUCUCUUGUGUAUGAUGUGUUCGCUUUUCAUCCUCCUCUGCCUUCUCUCCCGAACCCACCCUGUAACCUUAUUUCCCACGUGUGUGUGUGUGUGUCGGGGGGGUUUUCUGCCCCAGAGCAGUCCAGGCUCUGCCAGCAGGUAAAUGGGGUGAAGGAAAGAAUAGUGGAAGGGGUAGCCUGAUGAUCAUCUCCUGCCAGCUUCACAGGCUUAGCAAAUAUUCUGCACUGGAGCUGGGGGUGAGUUUAGAUUAAACAUCUGGGGAUGAGUUUAGAUUAAGCUGUGCCUGAAAGUUCCUGGGAAUCACAGCUGCUGCAGAAUGAAGUCCUAUUACAUGACCAACCCCAGGAAUAUACAAGGACAGAAGCUCAGCUGGAAAAGGAAUAAAGAUGUAUCUUGAGAGUCAAAAAACUCCACAAGGUGGAACUGCUUCCUGCCUUUCUUACAGCAUAUUCCUGUGAGGUGCAGUGGGGCCUCUCGAGUCAGCACUCCUCCCCUGAGGAUCUCCUGGCCCAUAAGCUGCUCUGAAUCUGUGGUUUCCUUUAGUCUUCCAUGCAGGGUACUGCUCCAUCCUAAGCCAUGGACCCCAUUGUGCUAGGGCAGCAGCAGGGUGUGUGCGUGUGUGUGUGUAUGCUCAUGUUUCAUCUCCUCUGAAAUCCUUCUCGGGAUCUUUUUUUGACAAGGCAGAGAUGCACGUGUCACAGGCUGUGGCAACUCCUCUCCAAUGGCCCCAGUGUGUAAGAACAUGUCCCAUACUAAGAGCACAGGUGAGCUAACUGAGCUUCCAAAGAAGUUAAAAGGAGCCUCAUGCUCAUUAAACACUGAGGCUUUAUCGUACUGUGUGUGGCCAUGUCAUUUUGUGGUCUCAUUAGUGAGAAAGCAAGGGAGAUGACUUGCCUUUGCUCCUCUUCGUGCCAUAUGUUGCCUCCUGCAAACCCUGUGACCAGCUGUUAUAAAAAAGCAGGUCUUGGAAGGGAAGAGAUGCUGACCACCCUUUUGCUAAAGUAUGUGGAACAAAGCAAAUGUUCAUACCAUCUCAUAUGCUCAGUGAUCCCCCUGGAUCCAGGAACACCAGAUUUUGGGGGGCUUUCACUUCAAGUGUGGGCACACACUCAUUUUGUACAGUUUAUGUGACCACAUUAGGAACUCUGCAAUGUCAAACUCUCCCAUAAAAGUCCUCUGGGGUACAAGGAACUGAACGGUGUGUUGUAAAUGCAAGGUGACAAUCUCUGUUAAGUAAUUAAGCAGUCCUACCAGAGUCUACAUCUUCUAAUAAAAUUACCCGUUUUUUUGCUCUUGCAUAUAAACCUGCUUUCCAUUCUAGACUUCCUAUAACCACAGUGUAGUAAGAAUUCAUAAUAAAGCAUGUCUGAUUGCA